AUGGCCGAAACUUCAGAUCAAGAGAAUAACACCACCACCACCACCACCAUUGCAAAUCAAGAGUCCAUGAAGGAUGCUCAUGCCGACGAUCACAAGGACAUGGAUGACAUUGACACGGACGAUCUCUUGGACGAAGCCGAGCUUUCCUUAAAAUCAACGCAUUGGACUUCAAGCAAAUCGACGACUGCCUCUAGUAGACGCAAAGGGAAAGGCGCUGCAACGAGUACCACCACCACCAGUAGUCGACGUCGUAAGGGAGGAGCCAAAAGCACAGAGGAUAUGGAUAUCGAUGAUAGUGAAUCAGAAACUGGCAGCAGCAACAAACGAUCGUCACGUAGUAAAACAGCCAAGGGAAAGCAAAAGCCAAAGGUGGUUGCAUUUGAUCCAGAUUACACCAAAAAGUUGGCUCAAGAGUAUCCUGAUCCCUAUUGGAAGUUUCACGCUGAUGCUGGAUAUCAAAUGAUUGAUAAAGUCAAUGAUGAGGCAACCUUGGAAGCUUUACCAUUCAAUGUCAGUGAUCAAGCUGCUAUUAUUGGCAUGACGUUAUCAGCGGAUGGUACCAUGCUGGCGACAUUUUCAAACAUUGGUGCUGUCAAGAUUUGGGACGUUGAGAACGAGUUCAAGUUGAUUCAAAAGCUACGCGACCCUGAUGAGAAGAACAUUGAUGAGUUUUACUGUGGCCAGUUCACUUCGGAUAUGCAAGAUCAUAUUGUCACGGGAGGCAAGCUCAAGGAUCGUCAUCGAUGGUCAGCAGAAGAUGAAGAUAACCAUAUUCUUCCAUGUCCUAUCAAAAUCUUUAACAUGGAGUCAAGCAAGGUCGUGGCUCGACUUGAAGGACACGAGGAAGAAAUUCUGACCAUCAAGGAUGUCAAGUUCAAGGGGGAGAACUAUUAUAUAUCAACAAGUCAAGACGGCUAUAUUAUCAAGUGGAAGAUGGAGAAUGAUUGGACGACAUUGGUUGAAUCAACAAGGAUGGAUGAUGGAGAGACAUGCAUGGCAUUUACCGUAUCGUUUGUGCCCAACACUGGCAACAAGUACUUUGUGGGUGCAUGUGAUGAACAUUUGCGAUUGUAUGACUUUGAGGAAGCAAAGCUGCUUCAAACCUUUGAGAGUAUAUAUUCAUCCUAUUGCGAUUGUGGAAAAUUCAUCAAAUGGGUGGAUGAGCCAGCAUACAAGGAGGCACAAGCAAAAGCAUCAGCAUCAGCAGCUGUCAAGACUGAAGAAGAAGAAGAGAUCAAUGUGGAAAAAAUGGAUGAGGAUAACAACACCGCUUCCAAUGAAGAAUAUGCAUGGUUUAUCAGCAGAGGCGCAGAAAUGUGUGAUGUAGAAGAUGGCGUGUCAUCCAUACCCAACACAUGUACAUUGCACAAGCUGGUGUAUCCUUCUGAACAAGGUGGCAAGUUUAAGAUGGAAGAAGUGAAACGAUACAAGCACGAAGACUACCAUGCCAAUUCAUGGCUCGUCAAGAUUGCAUCCAAUGGACGAUAUAUUGUUGCCCCUACUAUUUAUGGUCAGCUCUUUAUUUUCAACAUGUUGACGGAGCAAUUGACGGGCAUAGUGAAAGAACAUCAAGACGUGGAAGUACGUGAUGUCCUCUUCCAUCCUUAUAGACCAUUGGUGUUCUCUAGUGGUGAUGAUGGAUAUGUCAAGAUUUAUUCUUACAAAAGCAUGAACAAAGAAGAACAAGCAGAAGAACUGGAUGUAGGCAAUUCAUCAUAG